CCCGCAAGCUGUGUGCCAAAAAAAAGGGAAUUCUAUAAAAAUGGGCACAAGCUCUAAUUGUUACGCACACCGUUAUUGUACUAACACAUUAUGGAGAUUUUCAGCAAACUAAAUAGCACCAGUUACUACACCAUUACUACCCCAUGACUACCUGGCACGCAAGCGCUAUCACAACAAUGCAGGGGCCGUGGGGUGAGCUGAACGAUGCGAGCCAAAGGUUAUGUUGAUAUGCCUAUUCGCUUGCAAGUAAACCAGCUUCUACAGCCUAGCAUGUUACUGAUAUGUCGGCUGUACCGGCAAAUUUCCUGGCUGGUAAAUAACAAGGUACGGUUGCUGUGCCUUGAUUGCAUGCUAAAUGCCGACAACGAUAUGAAGCUGCUUCAUUCGAUGCUGAGAUUACUCCAUCGGCGCCAAACUCGCCGUAGGUGGUCAUCAACUUGCCACCUCUCUCUUCAUUCGCACCCAGUGCAUAUUCGAGCCUUUUGGCAAAAAUACGAGGCCUCUUUGCUUGCAUUGCAGCUCUCAAUUGCUCCACUAGAGCUACAGCCUUGCAAUUGUGGCCUGUUUUCCACGUGGACAAGCCCUCUCCGCCACCGCAAACACGUACACGUCAAGCCCUCAAUGGUGAUUCGGAACAGACAUAGCCCGGAAUCGGAUUAAGAAAUCGCGACUUAGAAAGGCUGAAAGAUUAAAAUA